GGACAGAUUCCACGAUACUAGAGAAGUUGUCUCUCUAAAUUGCUAACCAAUAAAAGAUCAACUGGAAAAAAGUAAAACAGAAUAAAAACAACUUGUUUAAAAACUUUGAUCACUGAAAUGUUAUCAGCAAUAAAAGUAUAGGUAUUAUCCAGAAUUAUUACUUUGUAAAAAAAAAAAAAAGUAUAUUUUCAGUGACAUCAAAUUCUUAAUUUGCCAAACUGAAAAAAAUUCUUUUUUCAGAAAAAUCCUAUUGUUUUCUUCCAAACCUCGGAAACAUAUUCACGCUUGUUGGAUUUUUUAUCGUCUUUAUAAUAAUCAACGUAUUAUGCGUUUCGUGUUGUAUUAACUUUCAAGUAAAAAGGAAACUCCGAUCCCUUUGCAUUCAACAAAUAAAUGACAGUCCUUGUAAACCCAUUUCAGAAGCAAUCACACGCAUGUACAAAAGUAUCAACGCAUUAAAAGAGGAACAAAACGAUACAUACGAUUUGACAGCAAGUUUAAGAAAUAAAUCAAAUUUUGCCAUUACCAGCGGGAUGGAUGACAAAAAUAACUACGACACAGGGUUUUUCAGACUACAGAUACAGAGUGGUGACUACGACAUGGCGUGGUCCAAUGCCUUAUCAUCUCCUACUUCCCCUGACGCCGAAUACGACCACAUACAAAACGUUGGCGCGGUCCUGAUGACAUGUUUACCAGAAGAAGAUGUAUACAGCAAACAGAGAUCUCUUAUUCAAGACAUUACUAGUGACCUCAAUGAAAUAUGUAAUGAGGAAAAUGAGAACCCGAAAGAGUUGGUCAGUGAAAAGACAACAGCAUCAAUGAAUCAUGAUGAAUUCUUCGAAGUCGAAGAAAAGAUUUCAAGGUCACACGAUGUGGGUAAAUUUCAAGAAAGUGAUAAAAAGGACUUUGUUGGAAAUGCUGAACCUGACAAAGGAAGACAGCAAAAGCAAAACAUCGUUUACGAGGAAAACAGCAAAAUACACCAAAAAGAACCCUGUCUGAGUAAUGAAGCGGUUGUCGAGGACAGAAAAAAGACGGCAGACAAAGAUGUAGGCAAAUGCUUAGAUAUGGGAAUAAAAGAACAAGGCACUCAAAGAGGGAAGGGAGAUUUGAAGAAAUCAAAGGUUCACAUAGAAAGUAAAUCUGGUAACAAUCCUCCUUCAUCACAAAGAACAGGAAAAGUGGUGGACAAAGCAACGUCACUUCUAGUGACAAAUAUGAACAGAGUGCUGUCUGAAACAAAACUGUAAAUAGGAAGUGGUUCAACAGGCCCACGAGGGAGUCUGAUUCUACCUUUGGUUUUCUUUAUAAUUUUUUAGUGCUUCCAUGAAGACAAAAAUUACUAUUGGAAAGUAAAAUGAAACUUCACUAAGAUUUUAUCAAACACUGUGAAUAAGAUGUUUCAGUUAUUUAUUUUCAAAAUUUCAUUUAAUCAUUAAAAGAAAGGUUUCAUUUUGAA